UAUGUGCUGAUGUACAUCCCAAACUUGGUAAACUUACGGCAAGAAAUUCUUAAUCUGUUCAUCUGACAUCGAAUAUCAUACAAGAUAAUUAAGUAAAGAUCACGAAACGAUUUCGAUACCGUAUUUAAUAUUCUAACGAAAGCAAGAACCCACCAAAAUGGUUAUUAAGGUGUAUAUGACCAACAUAAUUAGCAGUAAUGUGAUAAGAAAACAGCAGUUGCACGUAUCAGAUUUAUUAAAUAGUUUACAAAUUGAUCAUGAGAAUAUUGAUGUUAGUGACCCUUCAGAGGAAGAAGCCUUGAAAUUUAUGAGAUCAAAUAGUACACCAAAGAAACCAGGACAAAGGCCUCUUCCACCACAGUUGUUCAAUGAUGAUGAAUAUUGUGGGGACUAUGAAGCAUUUGCUAAUGCCAUCGAAGCAAAUGAAAUAUUUGAAUUUCUAAAAUUAGCAGCACCAAAACAAGUGUCCACAGGCUCAGUUCUGAUUGAAGAUGAAGAAGAAAAGAUGGAUAAGGAAAAAGGUGAAGAUGAUGAAGAGGAGGAUGAAGUAGAUGGUGAAAAAAAGGAUGAUGAAAAAGAUGGUGAAACAACAGAAGACGAUAAAUCUGAAAGUAAAGAUGAGGAAGAAACUAAAGAAAAGAAAAAUGUUAAAAAAUUCAAACGAGAUGAUGAUGAAGAAGAGGAUUUAUUUUCUGGAUUAGAAGAAACAAACGAUGAGGAAGAAAAGAAAGAGGAAGAAGAAAAGGAAGAGGUGAAAAAACCAGUAAAGAAGUUCAGAAGAGAUGAUGAUGAAGAAGACGAUCUAUUUGCUGGACUGGAGGAAACAAAAGAUGAGGAAGAAAAGAAAGAGGAGGAGGAAAAGGAAGAGGUGAAGAAACCAGUAAAGAAGUUCAGAAGAGAUGAUGAUGAAGAAGAAGAUCUUUUUGCUGGACUGGAGGAAGCAAAGGAUGAGGAAGAAAAGAAAGAGGAGGAAGAAGUUAAACCGCCACCGAGGAGGUUCAAGCGAGAUGAUGACGAAGAAGAGGAUCUAUUUUCAGGACUCGAGGAAGCAAAGGAUGAGGAAGAAAAGAAAGAGGAGGAAGAAGUUAAACCGCCACCGAGGAGGUUUAAACGUGAUGAAGAAGAGGAAGAAGAUCUGUUUUCAGGACUUGAAGAAGCAAAGGAAGAUGCAAAAGAAGAGGAAAAGGAGGAAGAGAAACCACCAGUGAGGAAAUUUAAACGGGAUGAUGAAGAAGAAGAAGAUCUGUUUUCAGGACUUGAAGAGAAGAAAGAGGAGGAAAAAGAAGAAAAGGAGGAGGAGGAGGAAAAAGAAGAAAAGGAGGAGGAAGAGGAAAAAGAAGACACAAAAAAACCUGUGAAGAAGUUCAGAAGAGAUGAUGAUGAAGAAGAGGAUUUGUUUUCAGGACUUGAAGAAGCAAAGGAAGAAGAGAAGAAGGAAGAAGAAGAAGAAGUUAAAGAAGAAACGAAACCAGUGAGGAAAUUUAAGCGAGAUGAUGAUGAAGAAGAAGGAGAUUUAUUUUCAGGCUUAGAGGAAUCGAAGGAGGAGGAGGAGAGUAAAGAAGACACUAGUAAAGAUGAUGAAGAAGUAAAACCAGUACGAAAAUUUAAACGUGAAACAGAUGAUGAUGUAGAGGAGGAAGAGAAAGAAGAAGUGAAAGCUGAUGAGGAAGUUAAAGCUGAUGAUGAAGUAAAAGAUGAUGAAGAAGUUAAAGCUGAUGAAGAAGUUAAAGCUGAUGAAGAAGUCAAAGCUGAUGAAGAAGUCAAAGACGACAAAACAGAAGAAGACAGUAAAGCUGUAGAGACAGAAAAGGAAGAAGAGAAAAAGACAGCUGCACCAAGACGCUUCCGUAGACAGUUUGAUGAUGAGGAGGAGGAAGAGAAGCCUGCUGAAGAAGAAAAACCUGAAGAACCAACUAAAGAAGAAGAAACUCCUGCUAAAGAGGAAGAGGAAAGUAAACAAGUGGAGGAAGAGAAGCCAGCCGAAGAACCAGAGACAAGAAGGCGGCGUCGUAGAGAGGAGAAGCCUGAAGAGCCUGCCCCAGAACCUGCCCCAGAACCCGAGCCUGUAGAAGAUGAGAGAGAGGCUAGAAGACGUCGUCGUAGAGAAGAAAGAGAAAAAGAGAAGGCUGAAGAAGCACCUGCUGUAGAAGAAGAAUCAAGAGAAGAAAGGAGAAGACGACGAAGAAGAGAAAGAGAAGAAGCUUAAACAAAUGAUUGUCAAGAAGAAGAAAAUGAAGCCACCAGUAACUAAUAUGCAUGUCGAACCAUACCAAUGCUGGGUACGCUGAUAUUGUCAGGAUAAUGUGUUGGAAACUUUAUGUAGAACAAGUGAUGGUAUCAAAUGUACGUGUUAAAAGACUUUCAUCAUGUUUUGUGUAUAUAUAAAACUUGUGUGAUAUCGGACUGUUAAUCCUCUAUGCUAGAUGAAGUUGUUACUAGUUUUUAGUAAGCAGAUGUAUAUAAUUGUUUUACAAUUAUUAUUAUUAUUAUUUGUUGAGCCACCCCUUUAAAGCUGUAUUUCAUUGAACUACAAUCAAUCUGAUUAAAACACAGAUCCUAUUUCAUUUCGAUAUUUUAUAGUUCAAAAUUUCGUUUUACUUGUCUUACAGAUCCCGUUUCUUUUCCAUUUUUAUAGUUCAAAAUUUCGUUUUACUUGUCUGUACAACAGUAGGUUCUGGAAGAGUUGUUAUAUAAGCUGUGUUCUGAUUGAUGUGAGGGAUUAGCCAAUGAAACGGGCUGUUUGCGGCGAGCUUUUGACAUUCGGUACACGGAACUGUGUGUAUCGCAGUAGAAACAUCAAUGCCAAUUAGUAAAUAAAAAAUCUGACGUCAUAGGUUCAAAAGCUGCUCAUAUGACCCCUGGGACGACCUCCCACUACAAUUGGUCAGAUCUUCAUGUAGUUGAAGCUAUCGAAAGUAUAAAAAACGAAAUGAGAUAUAGAUAGAUCUGUCUUGUCUACGGUAUCACCCUUGGUGGAAGUGGAUGUAAAACCUCAGAAACGAACAAACGAAUAGAUCUGUAGUUUAAUCAGAUUGUUACUACAACAAUAAUCAAAAGAAUUUUUUUUUUUUAUGUAAAGUGAGGUCGGGGACAUCUUGAUACUGUGUGUGAAAUUUAACGUCUGCUUCCACCGAGGUGAUAUUGCAGACAAUCUCUUGGUACUGAUUGUUGAUUGUAUUUAAACCAUUCCGUUGUUCAGUUAUUUGUCUUCGUAAUUCUCUUUUCAUUAGUUCAUGACCUAAAUCAUCAUUUAGAAGAACAUGUAAAAAGUUACACUGCCAGACACAUCUGUUGAAAUAUGAUUAUUUGCCCAACUGAAGUUGGUUAUGCUAGGUCCCCGCUGUCGUGCGAUGCGUUACAAUAGGAUUAUCCCUAUUAAGUCCACGAUCUGAUACGAUUGCUGACCUCAAUAUAUGAUAAGACCUGAUAGGGUCAUCACCAUUACUUCAUGAUCGUGGGAACCUCGCAUUAGCAAAAUAUUACAGAGUCUACAGGGUAAUAACUACCCCAAAGCAAUAAUACAGCAGGGUACAAUCAUAGAUGUUUAUAUACAAAAUUUAUAAAUAGUCUAUAAUGUAUCCAAAUUAUGAGAUUAUCCAUCUAGUCUGCAAGAUAUAACAGCUUUAAUCCCAUACCCCAAUAAGUAAACAUGGAAUACAGCUUUAAAAAUAUGUUAUGACAUGCUGUGGAAUGCAUAUUGUCAAUAUUUGCCACUUGUUAAAGCCUAGCAAUGAAAAAGAUUUAAUUGUUGCAUGACUGAUAUCAACUUAUAUAAACUGUGGUACUAAUUCAAGAUUUUUAACAGCCAUUGAGAUUUGUCUUAAUAUAUUUUGUUAAAGUUUAAUGGUAAAAAACAUAGGCUUAUCUGGAUUUAAGGGUAUGAUGAUCUUUUUUGUUCCCCACCUUUCAAAAAAAGCAGGGGAUUAUUAAAAUGGGUUUGUUUGUCUGUCCGUCAUUCUUUUUGGGACCCAAUAACUCUCCUUCUAAAUGAGCUAGAAUGUUCAAACUUUGUGUAGCCGUUCAUUAGGUGAAUGCCUUGAUGGAGUUCGAAGAUGAACAUUGUCUACUAACAGUAAGCAGAGAUAAUCUGUUUGAUUGGUUUAUAACUUUGGUUAUAAUUAAGUGAGAGUGAUGAAACUCUGAAUAUAAAUUCAUUAUAUCAUUACCUUGACUAAGUUCGAUUGUACGAAUUUUCUGCCUGGGCUAAGGAGCGAUAAGCAAUUUGAUUGAUCAAGACUUUGGAACAUAACAACUCUGCUUUUAAUUGAGGUAUAAUGUUUAAACUUGAUGUAGAUGUUCAUUAGGUGAAUGUUUUGACUGAGUUCAAUGAUUAACAUUUCGAGCUGAAGCUAAGCAAUUUCUUAACUUUGAUUCUAUCGGAUAGUGUAUAGUUGAUAAUCAGUCUGAUUGCUUGAUACUUUUGAAAAAGAUUAACUGCAAUUAAUUAAUAUUAUGUGUCAUCUGUUUAUUUCGGGAUUUUUUAUCAUUUUCUAUCACAAAUUCAUACCCCUUAUUGCUUGCAUUGAUCAGUUCAAUAUUUUAUUAUAUUUUCUUUUAUCCUUCACAAUGUUAAACUUCUGAAGGAUUGAAAUGCGAUCAAUGGAGAAUUGUGAUUUUUAGUCUUUAUGCAAUUUAACAAAAUACACCACAAAGGAGCUGUUAUUAAUUUAUUUAGCUUAUAAGCUAUAUAAUAUUAUAUGUAGUAAAUAAAUUUUUAUAUCUUA